AUGAAUGGAGAAGAAGAAGAAAAAUGGUUCCUCACAAAUGAAAAUUCUAAAGCUUCAUUAUCGCCUGAAAUAGUGUCAACACAAGCUAUAAGAGAUAAAGAUGGAUUGAUUUUACGAAUUAAAAGUAAGCAACAACCUUCUUCAAUUGCUAGCGAAUCAUCAAUUUGUGGCAAUAUAGUGAAUCAAAUGAAAAAUAUCGAUCUGCAAGAUCAAACAUAG